GGAAGCUGCGACGCCGAGUUUCACUCAGGCUGCCUCUUCGUUAGAGUGGGAGCUACAGCCGGAGCAGUGCCCAGGCCGAAGCGGAGCUGCAGUCUGAGCGCGGCGGUGUCCUCCGCCCGCCUGCCUCGCUCUCUUCAGUCUCGGUCUCCUGGCAGCACUGGGCAAUGAACCCGAGACUCCAGCCCAGCGUGGUCUGAAGCCGUUGGAGACGACAGGGCGUCCUGGGGAAGAUGGCCAUGGCACCGAGCCCUUCCCUGGCUCAGGUGUACGCCAGCCCGGUGGCAGUGGCCGUGUGGGAGUGGCAGGACGGGCUGGGCACCUGGCACCCCUACAGCGCUGCCGUCUGCAGCUAUAUCGAGCAGCAGUUUGUGCAGCAGAAGGGCCAGCGCUUCGGGCUGGGGAGCCUGGCCCACAGCAUCCCCUUAGGCCAAGCCGACCCCUCGCUGGCUCCUUACAUCAUCGACCUCCCCAGCUGGACGCAGUUCCGCCAGGACACUGGCACCAUGCGGGCCGUGCGGAGACACCUGUUCCCGCAGCACUCGGCCCCUGGCCGGGGCGUCGUCUGGGAGUGGCUGGGUGACGACAACUCCUGGACGGCCUACGAGGCCAGCGUCUGCGACUACUUGGAGCAGCAGGUGGCCCGGGGCAACCAGCUCGUGGACUUGGCGCCCCUGGGGUACAACUACACCAUCAACUAUGCCACCCACACGCAGACCAACAAGACUUCCAACUUCUGCCGGAGUGUGCGGCGCCAGGCGGGGCCCCCGUACCCGGUGACCACCAUCAUUGCCCCGCCGGGCCACACGGGGGUGGCCUGCUCUUGCCAUCAGUGCCUCAGCGGUGGCACCACCGGCCCCGUGUCAGGCCGCUACCGCCACUCCAUGACCAGCCUCCCUGCCUACCCCGUCCCCCAGCCGCCCCACAGGACCGCUCUUGUUUGGGGGGCCCACCAGGCCUUUGCUCCGUACAACAAGCCCUCCCUCUCCGGGGCCAGGUCGGCGCCCAGGCUGAACACCACCAACCCCUGGGCCGGGGCGCCCUCCUCCCUGGGGAACCCGCCCCUCUACCGCUCCAGCCUCUCCCACCUGGCAUCGCAGCACCAGCCCUCAGGACUGUCCGCCACCAGCACAGCCAGUGCCUCCCUGCCCAGCGGUUCGGCGAGCAGCCCCCGGAGCGUCCCCGCCACGGUGCCCGUGCAGAUGCCGAAGCCCAGCCGGGUCCAGCAAGCCCUCGCAGGCAUGACGAGUAUUCUGAUGUCAGCCAUUGGACUCCCUGUGUGUCUUAGCCGCGCACCCCAGCCCGCCAGUCCUCCCGCCUCCUGUCUGGCCUCUAAAAGUCACAGCUCAGUUAAGAGAUUGAGGAAAAUGUCCAUGAAAGGAGGGUCCCCAAAGCCAGAGCCAGAGCAGGUGAUCAGAAACUACACCGAAGAGCUGAAGACAGCCCCAGAGGAGGACUGCAUCAUCUGUAUGGAGAAGCUGUCCGUGGUGUCUGGGUACAGCGACGUGACUGACAGCAAGACCAUCGGGCCCAUGGCCGUGGGCCGCUUGGCCAGGUGCAGCCACACCUUCCACCUGCUCUGCCUGCUGGCCAUGUACUGCAACGGGAACAAGGAUGGAAGCUUGCAGUGUCCCUCCUGCAAAACGAUCUAUGGGGAGAAGACUGGGACCCAGCCCCGGGGGAAGAUGGAGGUGUUCACGUUUCAGAUGUCCCUCCCCGGCCACGAGGACUGCGGGACGAUCCUCAUAGUCUACAACAUUCCCCACGGCAUUCAGGGCCCUGAACACCCCAACCCUGGAAAGCCCUUCACUGCCAGAGGGUUUCCCCGCCAGUGCUACCUUCCCGACAACGCCCAGGGCCGCAAGGUCCUGGAGCUGCUGAAGGUGGCCUGGAAGAGGCGCCUUAUCUUCACAGUAGGGACGUCCAGCACCACCGGGGAGACGGACACGGUGGUGUGGAACGAGAUCCACCACAAGACUGAGAUGGACCGCAACGUGACAGGCCACGGCUACCCCGACCCCAACUACCUGCAGAACGUGCUGGCCGAGCUGGCCGCCCAGGGGGUGACUGAGGACUGCCUGGAGCAGCAGUGACCCGUGGCCUGGCCGGCCCGGCUUCGCCCACCACAACGGCAGGCGGGAAGGUGCCUUUCCUCAGAGGCUGGGAUGUUUGUCAGGGACACCAGCGGGCUCCCCAUGCCCGCCUGUCCCCUUCUCUGUGCCCGCCAGGCCUGGGUCUCUGUGGGAACCGGGCGAGCCUGGGAGUCACAUGUGUGGGGGCUUCGGAUGCCGCUACCUCAGUGUGUGGGCCCCUCCGUCCUCGGCGGGCUGCAUGGGGCCCUCAGUGUCCGGGGUGAGGAGAGGCUGCCUACUGUGUGUGCCACCGGGGCGGGCCUGGGUCUGGGUCAGCUUCUUAUACCUCAGAUGUUCUGUUUGCAAUAAAUGCCCUAAAGCCAAA